GACACAUGGUGGCGCUGUAUGAAGCAGACGACACAUCCAAAAUUCCGUGAUGGAAAGACUUGACAGGCCCGGGGGAUCGUGGCGAGCUAUCGCCGAGUUUCAGAAGGCAAUCUAUUCUGAUAGGAAUAUGAUGUUACCUCAAAAUAGAGAACGUAUGCCUGAAGAAACAGUCCUUCGCAAAAUAGAAAGUUUGGUCGUGGGUUUCAUACAGCAGAUGAGCAAUGGGGAGCCUCCGACCUUGGUAUAUAACAGUCGGACGUCCUGGGACAACAUCAGUUUUGAAGAAAAUCAUGGACUGGUGAUGGAACGACAACUGAAAAUGACAUCAGUCAGAUUUAAUUCUCAAUCGUCUGUGAAGAAGCUCGGUCUGAUGCUUAAAGUCCUAGGUGUCAUCUACAGACUAGUACAGACUGGAAAACACUGCACCAAAAGGGACAUAUAUUACCAGGAUGUGUCAGGGUUCGGGAGUCAGGCGCAGCUGGACGAGACUGUGGACAAUAUUUCUUGUCUCCUGGACACACCGCGUUGGGGCCUCCACGUGUUAGCUUCCUCCAAAGGGUGCAUUGCUGGGGAUUUGUCAUUUCAAGAUGGCGACGGGAACUUGGUUGACUGUAAAUCCACUCGCACGGGUGUGAUGGUUCCUAAUGACGUUAGAGCUUUGAACUAUUUCCAUACGGAUGCGUCGUUUAUCCUCGUUGUGGAGAAGGAUGCCACCUUCCAGAGUCUCCUAGACAACGGAUUCCUCGCAAAGCUUGGUCCAUCCAUACUUAUUACGGGUAGAGGGUUUCCUGAUGUUAAUACCCGGAUGUUGUUGAGGAUAUUAUGGGAUUCCUUCCACAUACCAGUCAUGGUGUUGGUGGAUGCCGAUCCUCAUGGUAUUGAGAUUAUGUCCAUCUAUAAGUACGGAUCCAGAGCCUUGUCUCACGAGUCAAUUUACCUGACCGUUCCCUCCCUCGGAUGGAUAGGAGUGUUGCCAAGUGACGUCACAAGGCUGGGUAUAGAUAGAGCAAAUCUGCUACCAAUGACCAAGGCUGACCGCGACAAGGCUUCUGAACUUAAAUCACGUCCAUACUACAGCCAGUCCACUGCAUUCCAGAGAGAAGUUGACAUACUGUUGCAGACCGAUUAUAAAGCUGAAAUACAGUGCUUGGAGUCCAUCUCUACAACCUUUCUAACAGAUGUCUACCUGCCUGGUAAACUACAGCAUGGAGGUUGGUUAUAACCUUUCUUUCAACCACAAGUAACCAAUUGCCAAAAAGGAGACAAACGCGUGUGCUCAACUUCAACAAUUUAAUUGGUCCUAUCCAGGAACUGUCCCAUUUCUAAAGAAAUGUCAAUGUCUUUGCUCCAUUGCAAUGCUGACGAGCAUCACAGACCUGAAGAGCAAUGGGUUCUGUAGCAGAACUAAGCUCACUCAAGUAGCCAGACUGGUACCAGAACCAAACAGUCUUGUCAUUGCUAGACCUAUCCGCCCAAGACAAAGGCCGGAGGACCUCUGAAGUGGUCAGGUGACCAACACUGUAGGAUGGUUCCUCAUGGUUGGGUGCUGGUGGCUCCUGAGCCAGGGAUCAUUUGUAAUCUGUAAAUAACAAAACAUAAUAAAGAAAUCUGACAAUUUA